AUGAAGUCUAUCGCAUUAGGGGCACUUGUGCUAUUUUGUGCAUUCAGCAUGCUGGAAGCCGCCACCGAUAAAGUUGUUUGCUACUUUGGAAGUUGGGCAACCUACAGGACCGGCAACGGAAAAUUCGACGUGGAGGACAUCAACCCGAACCUGUGCACCCACAUCAUCUACUCGUUCGUGGGACUGGAUGCCACCACCAAUACGGUAAAGUCUUUGGAUACGUGGAAUGAUGUUUCCUUGAAAUCAUUGCAGCGUUUCAUCGCGCUAAAGUCAAAGAAUCCGAGCGUCAAACUGAUGCUUGCAAUUGGUGGCUGGAAUGAGGGUUCCACUUCCUACUCCAACAUGGCGGCAUCGUCCUCCUCUCGGAAGACAUUCAUCGAUUCCGUUGUCAAUUUCUUGCAAACCAAUGGGUUCGAUGGUUUCGAUAUCGACUGGGAAUAUCCAACACAGCGAGGUGGAAGCGCCCAGGAUCGUACGAAUUUCGUAACACUUCUUAGUGAGUUGCGAACGCGUUUUAGCUCCUUGGGGUAUUUGCUUUCGAUUGCGGUUGGAGCUUCCAAGGAUCUGCUCUCGACCGCGUACAAUGUACCGGAAAUCAACAAAUACGUAGAUUUUGUGAACUUGAUGACGUACGAUUUCCACUCUUUCUGGGAUGGGAAAACGGGUCAUAAUGCGCCACUGUAUGCUGCCAGUUGGGAGGGUUCCUCGAGUAUUUUCAAUAUAGAUGCAUCCGUUCGAGGUUGGUUGGAUGGCGGUCUGACUUCCAGUAAACUGGUCUUGGGAGUUCCUGCGUAUGCGCAAACCUACACGUUGGCAUCCAGCGGAAGCAAUGGUGUUGGUGCAUCAGUUUCGGCUGGUGGAUCAGCCGGUCCGUAUAGCCAACAGGCCGGUUUCUUGACGUAUCUGGAGGUUUGCGAGAUUUUGAAAACGGGUUAUACUAAAGUAUGGGACGAUGUCCAGAAAGUGCCCUACGCAUAUCUGGGAAGUCAGUGGAUUUCGUACGAUGACGUAACCUCGAUCGGUUUGAAGGUGGCCUACGCCAAAAGUAAAAAUCUCGGAGGUGUAAUGGUUUGGUCGAUUGAAAGUGAAGACGACAAAAAUGUGUGCGGCGGUGGAGCUUACCCUAUUCUGGGAGCGAUUAACACUGCAAUCAAGGGAGGAUCAUCCGGAACGGGAACCACAACGGCUCCAGCGGUUACCACGGCAGCACCGGCAGUUACAACAACAAAGGCAGCAACCGUUACGACAACGGCCAGCUCAUCGGGAACAUUGACUUGCAAGAAUGGCUAUGCGAAAGAUCCAGCGAGUUGCCAAUACUUCUACCAAUGUGACAACGGGUAA